AUGUUGGUGCUAAACUGUUCUACCAAGUUACUGACGUUGGAAAAAAUGUUGAAGUGUCACUUUCCUGAAUCACUCAAGGUUUAUGGAGCAGUGAUGAACAUAAAUCGUGGGAAUCCCUUUCAAAAGGAAGUGAUAUUGGAUUCAUGGCCAGACUUCAAAGCUGUUAUCACCCGGCGGCAGAAAGAGGCUGAGACAGAUAACCUGGACCAUUAUACUAACGCCUAUGCUGUGUUCUACAAGGAUGUCAGGGCUUACCAACGACUGUUGGAAACACGUGAUGUUAUCAAUUGGAAUCAAGUUUUUCAAAUACAAGGGCUGCAGAGUGAGUUAUACGAUGCUUCCAAAGCUGUUGCCGACUCAAAGCAGUUGGAUGUAAAGCUAACUUCCUUCAAGGCUGUUCAUUUUUCUCCUGUUUCAACUCUGCCAGAUACCAGUCUCCUAAUGAGCUCUCCCCCGCGACUGGCCUACCUGAGCAUUGCCGAUGCUGACCUCCUCAAUCGGACUUGGUCGCGGGGCGGCAAUGAGCAGUGUCUGCGGUACCUCACCAACCUCAUCUCCUGCUUCCCAAGUGUGUGUGUCUGUGAUGAGAAGGGGCACCCAGUCUCUUGGGCUAUCACUGACCAGUUUGCCACCAUGUGCCAUGGCUACACCCUGCCAGAGCAUCGCAGGAAAGGUUACAGCCGGCUGGUGGCCCUUACACUGGCCAGGAAGUUGCAAAGCCGGGGAUUCCCAUCUCAGGGCAAUGUCUUGGAUGACAACGCGGCGUCUAUAAGCCUCCUGAAGAGUAUCCACGCUGAGUUCCUGCCUUGUCGUUUCCAUAGGCUUAUUCUCAUUCCUGCAAUUUUCUCUGGCCAAGUUUACCUCUAG